AUGUCCGCUUAUGCGCUCCUUGAUGGAUUCCCCACCCAGGCACCGUCUGCGCCCGUUCGAAAACUCCGAUAUGCAGACGUCGCCGUGACGGCAACCGCCAAAGAGUUCGCAGGAACCUACCGUGGCAAGCAGUACCACGACCCAGACUUCGACGCCGUGCUGGACCGCGCCGCUGUUGCGGGAGUGGACAAAGUAAUGUUAACCGGCAUGUAUGCUUCCGACGUGCCAGUCAACAUUGCCAUUGCUCGCCGGCGCCCUAAGCAAUGCCGGAUCACGAUUGGCGUGCAUCCGUACCACGCCGCUGAAGCGGAUGACGGUGGCGAGCCAUACUAUGAAGCGCUCCUCCAAUCGAUUUCACAGGUAAUGCAGCAAGAACCACAGCUCCUGGCUGCAUUUGGCGAACUAGGCUUGGACUACGACAAGCUGGCUGCGGCGCCCAAGGAAGCUCAGAUCCGCGUUUUCAAACGCCAGCUCGACAUGCUUGUGCGUGCGGGCUGGAAACUACCGCUCUUCCUGCACUGCCGCGCUGCCUUUGACGAUUUCAUCUCGAUCCUCGAGUCGUACUGGGACCAGCUCCCGUUGCAGUCUGGCCUGGUGCAUUCUUUUGUGGGCACCACGGCGCAGAUGCAAAAGUUGGUGUCCAUGGGUCUGCACGUGAGCGUCAACAAUUUUGCGUUUAGAGACAGAGACAGCUUGGAAAUGAUUAGGUGCAUACCGCUGGUAAAGCUGCACAUUGAGACGGAUGCGCCGUGGGGCGAAAUCCAACCCUCGAGUGAGGUUGCAAAGGCGUACCUGCAGAAUGCGACAAAGUGGCCGUGGGGAAGCAAGAAAAAGGACAAGUUCAGCCUCGGAGAUAUGGUCAAGGAGAGAAAUGAGAGCUGUAAUAUCGAAAAAGUAGCCCUUGUGGUUGCGGGGCUAAAGGGAUUGAGCAUUGAGGAAGUUGCUGAUCAUGCGUGGGAAAAUAGCAUCAGCAUGUUUUUUUCGCGGUCAGUAGACGAGUGA